AUGUACACAUCUAGGACAGCCUGUUCAAGAUGCUCGUCGCAGAUGCGAUCAGCCUCGGCCUCAGCCAAGCGGCUCGGGGCUGUGUCUUCUUAUUCCACUGCAGCUGAGGUUCCGGAUAUAGUGGGAACAAUAUCAGGCUCGCACUCAGGAAAUACAGGCAAGAAACCAAAGGCACGACAGAAUGGACCUAGAAAAGGAGUCAAUGCCUUCAAACAUGGAAAGAAUUCCAGUACGGACCCAGCAUUAGCGCUCUUCAGAGAGAUCGUGAGCCCCAAGAGUGCAGACACAGCUGCCACAACACAUUCUGCUGGUGUUCCCAUCCCCGUUUUAAACGAGCUAGAGAUUGUUGCACAACUCAAUGAACUCAUGGUGAAAGGUGUCGAUCCGGAAACGCGCUUCAAGAAAUUCCAAGAAGAGAUCUGGCCAAGUAUCCGAGAACUCACUGGCCCAGUCCCAAAGCCUAUAUAUAUAGCCGCAACCCAACUGCUCCGCAGUGAGCGCGACUACAUGAUUCAGAAUGGCCUCUAUCAAAACAGUGUAGAGAUAGCACAGAAGUGCAGUGCUCUUGGGAUCUUUGACCUCAGCAUUCGGAACGACCUGGUUCUCAAUAUGUGCGCCAGGAUUACUCAACAAAAGAACACAUCGUUUCAACGCGGUGCGUUGAAAGAGGAAAUCCUCAAGAUGUGGCAGCAUAUCUCUCAACUUAAACGACCCAGCGAAUUCAACAAACCGCUGCGAUUCGCGCUGCCUUCCAUUGCAGACGUCGACAAGGAUAUCAAGUACGUCAGGGAUGAUUUGCCUGCACUCAAAGAGACACAGGCAACCCGUGCGCUGGCCUCUAUGUUUCUCCAAUACCCGCCCCCUCAAGCCCAAGAGAUUGUUCCCUCACUUUUGGCGACUCUCGCCAUCACGUCGGACCAAAGAUUUUCAGGCCUGGAUUACGCACAGCAGAUCUCGCCUCUCUUAAAUCUUGUCCGAUUUGUGUCCAAGUACAGGGUCACUGGGGCUGACAUCGACGCCAUUGUGUCAAAGUCGUCCACCGUCCCUCCUGCGAGACUCAGCAAGCUUAGGGAGUAUGUCAUGAAGCAAUGGUCACUUGCAGAAACCUUGAUAGCCGGCGAAGUCACCCCUUGGGCGAAAGGAACAUUUCAGGGCAGGGAUCCCGAGGCCAAAAACACGCUCACUCACUUCCAUAGACAGCUGCGAGAAGCCUACAGAGCACGCAACCCAGGUGCUGUCGGCGCCAUCUGGCACGCAAUGACGAACAAGUUGCAGGACAACCCAGGCCUCCAAACGCAGCUGGCUAAAGACUCGGACUUCCUCGACUUUUGGAUAUUCGUGUGGUGUGCGAUUCGUCGACCGGCAAGGGUGCAGGAAACUGUUGAUCUGAUGCGGUCGCUCGAGGUCGAGCCAACAGUCAAAACCUACACAAGCAUGAUGCACGGAUGGAAGAUGUGUAAGGACAUUGGCAAGAUUGAGGCUUUGUGGAGUCAGCUUGUAAAAGCUGGAAUAAAACUUGAUGCCGUUAUUUGGACUGAACGCGUAUCGGCUCUCAUUGAGCUUGGACAACAUCAAAAGGGUCUCGAGGCACUUACAGAGCUGGUAGGAAAAUGGCAAGAAGCGGUCAGGAAAGGAACCCAAGCACAGGCUGUGGAACCUAGUAUAGAGGCUAUCAACGCUGCCUUCAAAGGCUUACUGCAUAAAGACCCGACUGCUGCUCACCAACUUCUGGCUUGGGCUGGCCAACAGGGUCUUUCACCUAACACUCGAACCUACAACAUCCUUAUACGCGAGACUCUUCGCAUGGGUCACAACGAUGACGUCAACGAACUCUUGCGUUCCAUGCAGAAAGAGGGCGUCGACCCUGACUCUGCCACAUUUACCAUUCUUCUAGAGGCUGUUAUAGGCCGUAUGGAGGAUGCCAGCGCUGAUGAGCAGGUUACUGCUAUCAAGAGUGUCUUUGGUGAUAUUGAAAAGGCAGGACUCAAGCCCAACCUUGAAACAUAUGGCAAGAUGCUGUAUGCCCUUGAUGGGCUCCCUAACUGCUCUGACGAUGUUAUUGCAGCUUUGCAACAGCAUAUGCGCAGCAACGGCUUUGGCUCUGUUCUCACCCCACACAUGAUUACGAUUCUGAUCGAGCGUGCGCUCCGUCGCGAUCCUCCAGAUAUCAACAAGAUCCGCUCCUUGCUCAGGGAUAACAAACUUACAAAGGUGUCGACCGGCGACCAGACGCUUUGGGAGCGUGUCAUGACCGCCCACGCCAUCAGUGGUGGAACCAAAGAAGCGAUGUCUAUCUUUGACGAUCUCGCUGCUUCAGGUCGCCCUGUCACAUCACUCUCGUGUCUCAAUGACCUGAUGCAUGCACUCCUUGGGGAAGGGGAUAUAGACUCUGCCAAGAGAGUUGUUAGUGUUGUGUUGAAGCACAAGCUGCACGAUAGGGAGGAUAAGGAGGCGAACGAGAGGUAUUGGAAGCAUCACUUUUGGUAUCUGGCUCAGCAUAAUGGCUUGAUAGACAGUCAGAAGCUGAGACAAUACGCGCGUGCAUAG